GCAAGGGAUCUGAUUCGAAGGGAAAAGAAACGGAUGACGGAUCUGGAUUUACCGAAGCACUUCAGGUAAUUACGCGACUCGCACAAGUCAGCAGGUCAGUCGGCGGGUCAACAGCUCAAGCUGCCAAGCAGUCACAGCAAGCACAGCUCGCGGAGUUGCAGAUUUUCCGAAUCCACGAUAUCUCACCAUAUCCAUCCACAAACCGGACACAUUCUUGUCAGCAAUGGAAGGCCAGCAGCGCAACCACCGACGCGGAGCUCGUCCGAGCGUGGGCUACUUGCUCUUCCAGUAUCAGAGCGAGCUGACCCGUCGCCACGCGGAGCCCACGCGCCUGUCCCGCACCAAGAUCAACAUCAUUGACGGCCUGGUAUCCCGCACCAUCCGCCACCUGAAGCACUGCAGCGUGGAGGAGCUGCAAGCCUGCAAGCGGGGUCUCGUCUACAAGGAACAGCUCCGUGAUCAACUUAAGGGAAUGCGUCGCCGUCGCUCCUCCGCUGCCCCCAACACUAGUCAGAACAGUAGCUCCAAGACCUCCAAAACUGUGGCCGCCAAGGCUCCUAGCACUCCACCCAAACCCAAAACCUCCGAAGGUGGUCGUCCAAAGGUCUCCAUCUUCGGACCAGAGAUAUUUGUCUGACUCAAAGUUACCACAAGACUUUUAUGAUUAACUUUUCUAGUUUAACACGUAGCCUGACAUUAAUUGUUGACGAUUAAAAAUCAAAGAACAAGAUUGU